AUGAAGCAUAAAAUAUCUCUUAGUCUGUUUCUCCUCAUGAUUUUCCAACUAUGCCUCGGUAUAGAAAUUCCAGGCGAUAUGUACUCGAUAUCUGCUCUAAAUUCAUCUAAUGUUUCGAUAAUCAAGCCACCAGAACUAUGGAGCGAGAUUCUAGAAAAUUGGAUUGUUUCUGAUUCGAAAUUAACGAGGAUAUCAAAGGUGAUGAAACUAGGAGAUAAGAGCCUAACUAUAACGAGUAAAAUAUCAACGCCAAACAAACGAGAAGUCUCUGAAACCGACCUCUAUCUACUCGGUGCGAUAGAGAAGCUCGUCUAUAGAGUGGAUUUUCUAGAAAGUCGUCUCAGAAGGGCGGAAGAACUUCUGUAUUAUGUGAUUUCCGGAAAUAUUAAUAAAAAAGAGCCCUGCCCUACUAAUUAUACCAAAAUUGGUCAAAACUGCUAUCACUUUAGUAAUCGUGAUUUUGACUGGAAGUCAUCAGCUAGUCUCUGCCGAGGAAUGGGCGGCCAUUUGUUGGAAUUCGACACGGAAGACGAAAAGCGCGAUGUGCUAGCUAGCUUGCAAACAAAUUCUAAAUUAAAAGGCAAAACCUUUUGGACAGGGGGAUUGAAUCCAGGUCUUCUUUGGAUUUGGGCUAGUAGUGCAAAACCAGUUUACCAAAAUACUAAACAAACUGUCCCUGGUGAUGGCAGGUGUUUAAAAUUAUCUUACAAUACAACGUCCAGAUUAUACUCUUAUCAAAGUGAUGAUUGCGGCGCUAGACACAGAUACGCUUGCAAAUUAUCAAAAGACGACGAAUCAGCAAACAAAAUUGAGAAAACCGCAAGGAUGUUAAUGAACGAAUAGUAUUAAGUAUAGACUGAGAUGUAGUAACGUGUAACUAGUUUUAUUUAUUGUAUGUAUAUCUAUUUAAUUCUAAAGGCUUAAGAUAUAUGUACAUAUUUAAUAUAGUUAAAAAAUACUUACUAUAUGCUUUUAUUUGGUAUAAUUGAGACACCUUUUUCACGUUAAAUAUGUUAAAUUUUUUAAAUAUAUAUUGUUCGACCGUUCGCGGAGAGACGCGAUCGCGAAGAAACGAGAGUCAUAAAUUUUCGUUACGAUUCAAUUCGACGCCACGAGUUGGUCGAUCCCCUAUUUCGUUUAGGAUAAUGGAAUUGGUUGACUGAUUAUAACAUUGAAGUAACAGAUUAUAAUAUAUACUUUAUUCCAACAACUUUGUAGAUAUAAAUAAUUAUGCGACGUGCGUACAGACGUAUUCUCAGAGACGUGUAAAUAAUAAGUUACAACUGAUGACUGAUCAUUGAACAAAAACCAGUCAAGACAUUGACUAAUCAACAGAUGAAAAACCAGUUAAGAGAUGUUGACUGAUCUAAAGCAGAUAAACCAGUCCAGAGAUGUUGACUGAUCUAAAGCAGAUAAACCAAUGAAGUUCGGUGACGAUGCUGUCACAGAGGAAAACUAUUGCUGGGUGUUGAUCGCCCCACCACCGGUCGCUUACGGAUGGAAAUGACCGUUGAACAUGGGAAAAUCCCAACAUUCCCAUUUUUUACAUGAUGGAACAAUAACCAUAAAGACCUUUUCGAA